AUGCCACCACCAACUCCCACCUUCCCGCCAGUUUCUGCAGACCCCACCUCCGUCGCUCCCACCCCCUCGCAGUCUUCGUCGCGCUCGCGCCUGCAGCAGUUAUCCGCCCACAUGUCUCCUGCAAAGAGCACCGUCUUCCAGGCCGAUGUCGUGCCCAAAGCUCCCGAAGAUCCGCUCUUCGGCUUGAUGGCCGCCUACCGCGCGGAUACAUAUCCGCAGAAGGUCGACCUGGGCAUCGGCGCGUACCGCGACGACAACGCGAAGCCCUGGGUUCUGCCUGUGGUGAAGAAGGCCGACGAGAUCCUCCGCAAUGACCCCGAGCUCAACCACGAGUACCUGCCCAUCGCGGGCAUGCCCCAGUUCACCUCUGCCUCGCAGAAGCUGAUUCUGGGUGCCGACAGCCCGGCCAUCGCUGAGAAGCGUGUCACCAGCCUGCAGACGAUUUCUGGAACCGGCGCCGUCCACCUUGGCGCGCUCUUCCUUGCUAGGUUCUACAACACCAAGGCGGACAAGACCGUCUACUUCUCGAACCCUACCUGGGCCAACCACAACCAGAUCUUCACCAAUGUCCACUUCCCCGUAAAGACCUACCCCUACUUCUCAGCCCAGACCCGUGGCCUCGACUUCGAUGGCAUGCUCUCCGCGAUCAAGGGUGCGCCUGACGGCAGCGUCAUUCUGCUUCACGCCUGUGCCCACAACCCUACCGGUGUCGACCCUACACAGGAGCAGUGGAAGGCUAUCGCUGAGGUGAUUCGCGCGAAGAACCACUUCCCCUUCUUCGACUGCGCAUACCAGGGCUUCGCAUCCGGCGACCUGGACAAGGACGGCUGGGCCAUCCGUUACUUCGUUGAGCAGGGCUUCGAGCUCGUCAUUGCGCAGUCGUAUGCCAAGAACUUUGGUCUGUACGGCGAGCGUGCUGGCUGCUUCCACUUCGUGACCGCACCCGGCCCCAACGCGAGCGACGUGGUAGAACGCGUCGACUCGCAGCUCAAGAUCCUUCAACGCUCCGAGAUCAGCAACCCGCCCGCUUACGGUGCCCGCAUUGCCUCGACUGUUCUGAACGACGCCGCCCUGUUCGAGGAGUGGAAGGAGAACCUGCGCACCAUGAGCGGCCGCAUCAUCGACAUGCGCAAGGCGCUGCGCGGCAAGCUCGAGGAGCUCGGCACUCCCGGCACCUGGAACCACAUCACUGACCAGAUUGGUAUGUUCAGCUUCACAGGCCUGACCGAGGCGCAGGUGCUCAAGAUCCGCGCCGACGCCCACGUCUACAUGACCAAGAACGGCCGUAUUUCGAUGGCCGGCCUGAACACGAAGAACGUAGAGUACGUCGCUGCCGCCAUCGACAAGGUCGUGAGGGAAACAUAG